AUGAAGGGUGGAUUGCGUUUCGCUCUUUGCGCCUCACUACUCCUGUUCUUCUCCCUGUACUUGUUGGAGGCACAUCUCAAAGAUAUUUGCUCCCAGUAUCGCGCCGGCGCAUACCUGAUUGAUUGGUUAGACCGGAAUGGAGCCUCUCAACGUCCGACAGUCGGCAAUGUGCCCGUGCCCGGAGACAAGGUGAUUGUCAUGGCCAAGCUGCAAGAAGAGCCUACCGAAUGGGUCCAAGAGGAGCUUCCAGACUGGCAGCGCGCAAUCUACAUAGUCAAUCCCUCGGAAGAAGCCCGAUCCAAUCCUCAAAUUCUCACGACCCCUCUUAACAAAGGACACGAAUCUAUGGCCUACCUGACCUACGUAAUUGACCACUAUGACACCCUCCCAUCAACAAUCGCCUUUCUCCACGCCCACCGCGCAGGAUUCCUCAUGGCAUGGCACAACGAUGCCCCGCUCCACGAUAACGUCAACGCAAUGCGCAUGCUCCAAACCAACUUCGUCCAGGAAAACGGCUACGCCAAUCUUCGCUGCAAUUGGAACCCCGGCUGCAAGGAUAGUCACCGCUUCAACAUACAUGUCACCGAGCAGGUCUGGUGGGAUGUCUUUGAGGGCACGAGUACGCCGCCAUUGAAUGCUUCGUCGCCCUAUGAGCAGGAAUUUUCGGGCCACAAGUACAUGCGCAAGCCCGAGCAGAUUGGUGCGGCGUGUUGUGCGCAGUUUGCGGUCUCGAGAAGCCAGGUGCUGCAGCGACCGCGAGAGGAUUAUGUCAAGUUCCGGCAAUGGAUUAUCGAUACUGAAUUGAAUGAUGCUAUGUCGGGACGGGUGAUGGAAUUCUUGUGGCAUGUCAUUUUUGGUAUGGAUGCUGUUUAUUGUCCUGAUGAGGAACUCUGCUAUUGUCAAGUCUAUGGCAAAUGCUAG